AUGGCUUUAUCUCAUUUUUUCAAUUUAGGUUCUUUUACGCUCUUUUUGUCACUAUUCCUUACCCUCUCAUCUACUUACAUCAAAUCAACCCCUUUGGUUUCUGAAAUAUGUGCCCAAACUCAAAACCCUUCUCAAUGCAAUCUAGUUUUGGGCCCUGCCCCAGGAGCCUCAACUGCAGAUCUCAAGGGUCUAGGCUAUAUAUCAAUCAAUAUAGCUCUAACUAAUGCCAAACAAACAUUGUCAUACAUUGAGUCGCUCGUCAAGCAGGCCAUCGAUAAAAUGCUCAGGAACAGAUAUCAAACGUGCGUUGAGAAUUAUGCAUCAACCAUUGAUUCCCUUGAGCAAAGCAAGACAUUUUUGAAUAAUGGAGACAUUCCAAGUCUUCGAACCUUCGCAUCGGCCGCAUUUGAUGGGCCUGAAACCUGCAAUGACAGUUUUGAAGGACCACCAGCAGCCCCGUCCAAAUUAAAUGACGACAACAGAAAGCUCGAAGGUCUCGUUGAUAUUCUUUUAACGAUUGGAGAACGUUUGGAUGAAAAAAAUAAAUAG